AUGAAGCUCUCCAUGGUUGUCGCCGCAGCUCUUGCUGCGAGCGUAGAAGCAGCUGCUUUUCAGAAGCUCCUUCCGAAUCCCAUCCUAACAAAGCCCAGCACCCCCACCGCCGCCCCCGGCUGCGGCAUUGUCGCCUACGUAAAAUCCACGCCUGCCUACUACUUCGAAUCCUCUGGCACAAAGAACACCUUCUCCGCCUGCCAGGCUCUCUGCAAAGCGGACGCCAAGUGUCUCUCCUUCGGCUACGGCGAAGCAAACUGCAUGCUCUUCGACGUCGCCGCGGCUGACAACACAAACUACAACCCCACCUCCCCAUACACCUUCUACGACGUGUCGUGCCCUGCGGAGCUGCCCGUGCGCAAGAGACAAUUGAACAUUAGCUUGGUAUUGCCAGGAGGAGGCAUCAAUAUUAGUCUGGGACUGGGUGGACCGAAGGAGAUUAGCACAUUUAGCAUGGUCGUUGUUCAAUAUCGCCAUUUUGCGUUAAUCCGCCUCUCUCAAGUGAUCACAUGCAACAACUCCCUCCCUUCAAUCAACCUCUCCACAUUCUCCACUGUCUCCUCGUACCAAACCCCCAUCGUCCCUUCUUCCACAUACCCCAUGUGCGGCGUCAACAGCACCCUCGAUUUCCCCUUCACGUUCCAAUCCUCACUGCGCCAGGGACUAUCCGCCGGCAACGGCUCAAUAUCAAAAACAUCCAACGCCGCGCCCCUUAUCCUUCCAUGCCUCAACGUAUCCAACAGAGCCGCUUCAUCAACCAACGGUCCUCUAGACGUAUUAACCAGCAACCCCGACGUCUUCAUGCACGCCAAUUCCCUCUUGCCCACCAACCCCCUCGACCGCUCACUCAGCACAUAA